CUUACUGAUUUCAAAAUUAUUUCCUAAGACCAUUACCAAUUAUUGGCCAAUUUGACUACUGACGGCAAGAUGGCAUCAAAUAUCACUAGUACAAAGAAUGGGUUCUCGGGAACGGUGCCCUCUCCUCGAUCGAUGCUUACUGGUAUCUCCCUCGAAAUGGUCCAAGCUUUUGCGCCGAGUCUUCAAAGAUGCGGCAGGGAAGGAUAACCUUUAAGAGAUCAUCAAAGAUGUUCCUCUGGAAGACGACGACUACCUUGAGGGAGCCUGUCAAACGCAUUAUAUGCACAACUUGUAUAACUGAGAGGUGGUACCGCCCGAGAGUAUCGGGGAGCUUGGUCGUGAACCUGGGAACCCACAUGAACCGUAUCCUCAAUGUCAAUCCCGAGGUGUGUUACUGCCUUGUUGACCCUGGCGUGAACUAUUUCUAGACGCAGAAGUACCUGGACGAGAACGGUCUGCGGGACAGGGUCUGGCUGGACUGUCCGAAGCUUCGGAACGGCUUUAUUAUUGGAAAUGCACGAGAUCAUGGAGUCAGACCUACUCCAUAUUGCGGUAUGGAGAUCGUUCUCGCUAACGGCGAAGUAGCGCGUACCGGCAUAGGCACCAGGCAGAACUCCGAAGGUCACAUGCAAGUUGCCCAAGUCGUUCCU